AUGAAAUAUGGACCACAUGUACUUGCUCCCACUGGUUCGGAUCUUGCGCGCUUCGGAAAGCUAGGAACCGUGUUGGCUAGCUUUCACUCCGACAUUGGCUUCCUCACCAUUCAUGGGCGUGCACGUUUUCCAGGUCUAUUUGUUUGGACGCGCGAGGGCAAACGAUUGGCUGUCAAGGUUGCACAAGGAUGUCUAUUAUUGCAAGCCGGCAAACAAUUUGAAUGGCUGACAGGUGGUCAAGUUCUGGCUGGUUUCCAUGAAGUUGUCGUCAGUGAACAAACCGUUCAGGUGAUUGAUGAGGCAUCCAAAGUCGGCCGAUCGCUAUGGCGCGUUUCAUCCACAAUGUUCACACAUAUUGCUAGUGAUCGUAUAUUACAACCUUUGAAACCCUUUGCGACUCCUGAGACAAUGAAGAAAUAUCCUCCAAUCAAAGCAGGUGCACAAGUCCUAGCUGAACUGGCAGCUGUAAAUCUGGGUAAAACAUUAGAUGCUGAUGGUGAACCUAUAGUUGCGGCUAUGUGA